AUGCCGGAACGGACUUUAUUGAACUUUCUUGUUGCACGACAAGAUCUCCUUGAUCCCAGCAAUGAUCCCAACGUUGGGUCCUCGAGAGGAAAUGCCUCGUCAACUACGUCUGAGACACUAGACACCAUUACCGGUGGAGGAGAUUCGACCUCUCUCUCAUCGCUUAUAUCCACAUUGCUUCCGGCAUUGUUGCUCGCAAUUAUCUGGUUCUCCAUCUUCCUGAUCUUUCGCCGAACACAAGUACGGUGUGAGAAGAGUCCGCAGCUACCUACCGGAUGGGUGAACUGGGUCGGGCAGUUCCUCAAGAUCUCCGAUGCUCACGUUCUCAACCAUCAUUCUAUGGAUGGGUACCUGUUUCUGCGGUUUUUGAGAAUCCUUUGCGUGACAUUCUUUGUUGGAUGCUUGAUCACAUGGCCAAUACUGCUUCCUAUCCAUGCAACAGGUGGAGUAGGUAAUACUCAGCUUGAUGCUUUAAGUUUCAGCAAUGUUAAGGAUAAAAGCCGUUACUAUGCCCAUGCCAUCAUGGCAUGCGUGUACUUCGCGUAUGUAUUCUACAAUGUGACACGAGAAAGCAUAUUCUAUGCAAAUCUUCGGCAAGCAUAUCUCAACUCGCCGGCCUAUGCUCACCGGAUUUCGUCCAGAACAAUACUUUUCAUGUCAGUCCCAGAAGACUACAAGAACGAAAAAAAGUUACAACAAGUUUUUGGGAAUACCAUCCGCCGAAUCUGGAUAACAUCCGAUUGCAAAGAACUUGAGAAAAAGGUUCAGGAGAGGGACAAGUACGCUCACCGGUUGGAAAGGCUAGAAACAAGAUUGAUCAGAUCGGCGAAUACAGUGCACAUGAAGCUUCUCAAAGCCGGCACGAUUCCGUCUACAGAGUGUGCCGACUGCGAAGCGAUAGAUUCCACGAUGUAUCAUAAGAUUCGGCGGCCGGCGCAUCGAACCAAACUGUUUGGAGAGAAGGUGGACUCAAUACGCUGGCUUCGCGAAAAGAUUGUUAGUCUUUCGAAAGAGAUCGAGGUUCUGCAAAAGAAGCACCAAAACCACGAAGGACGGCUUCUAUCCGCCAUCUUUAUUGAGUUUAACUCGCAAUCUGAUGCCCAGAUUGCGCUUCAGACGCUCUCUCACCAUCAACCGCUGCACAUGACGCCCCGAUUUUCCGGCAUUUCUCCAGAUGAAGUUGUCUGGUCCGCACUGAACCUCAGCUGGUGGCAGCGUAUUGUGAGAAGGUUCCUCGUUCAGGGUGGGAUAGCAGCAAUGAUUAUAUUCUGGUCAAUCCCGUCUGCUCUUGUCGGUACUAUCUCUAAUAUUAGCUACCUGACGAGCGAAAUUCCUUUCUUGCGCUUCAUCGAUGACCUCCCUGAGGUGAUCAAGGGCGUGAUCGCAGGUUUAUUGCCAGCUGCUGCCCUAGUCCUGCUGAUGUCCCUUGUUCCUAUAAUAUGCCGUUAUAGCGCCCGGCGUGCCGGCGUCCCUUCUGCGUCUCGAGUUGAGCUUUUCACCCAGAGUGCACACUUCUGCUUUCAGGUCGUUCAGGUAUUCCUCGUAACGACUUUGACAUCUGCAGCAUCCGCAGCAACGGCGCAAAUCAUCCAAGACCCUCUCUCAGCGAAGGAUCUCCUAGCUGAGAACUUGCCAAAGGCGACGAAUUUCUACAUUUCCUACUUUCUCCUCCAGGGACUGACCAUCAGCUCCAUGGCCGUAGUACAGAUCAUGAGCGUGCUCGUCUUCAAAUUCAUAACCACUUUCUUCGAUGGCUCCCCCCGCCGCCUGUACGAGCGGUGGGCCGCCCUCAGCGGGAUAAGCUGGGGCAACGUCUUUCCUGUCUUCACAAACAUGGGUGUAAUCGCAUUAACAUACUCCUGCAUCGCGCCCUUGAUCCUCGGCUUCUGUUUCGUGGGCGUCUACCUCGUCUACCAAGCCUACCGCUACAAUUUCCUUUUCGUCUACGACAUCCGCAUCGAUACAAAAGGUCUCGUUUACCCCCGCGCCCUCCAACAUCUCCUUACAGGCGUCUACCUCGCCAACAUCUGCCUGAUUGGCCUAUUCGCCAUCAAGUCCGCCAUUGGCCCGCUGCUCAUCAUGGUCUUUUUCACAAUACUUUUCAUCUGCGCGCAUCUUUCGCUGAAUGAAGCUUUGGGCCCCCUAUACUCCUUCCUUCCACGCACCCUUGACGUUGAGGAAGAACUGCAACAAGCCAAAGAGGAAGAACUCGCGCUUCUCCAGACAAUGCCGCGUAGCAGAUGGACCAGGACACUGAAAUGGUUCCAUCCGAACCUGUAUCGGGAUUUCGCCGCGCUGAGGCGAAAAGUUCGUCGUGAUCAUGUAGAAAUCAGGUACUCGGAUGAGGAGAGAAGGAAUGCAUAUUUUGAGCCGUGUAUUACAGCGAAGACGCCUACCAUAUGGAUCCCGAGGGAUAAAUGGGGGGUAUCGAAAGUUGAGAUUGAAGAAUCUGACCCCAGUAUCCCAAUCACAGAUAAUGGGGCACAUUUGGAUGAGCGGGGGAAAAUUGUUUGGGAUAAGUUCGAUCCGAAUUUGCCUCUUUGGGAGUUAAAGACGUUAUACUAG